AUGGCUUGCGAUAACAAGCCUAUUCAGCAUGCGUUACGCAGAGGGUACCAAUGGCUUACUCCGGGGCCUUCACUUAUAUGCUUAAGAAUACUGCACUCCGUCCCUUCGUCCUGCAGGUCAUAUCCUCACAUCUACCAUGUACCCUGCACGCCUGUACCGCUCGUGGCAUCCCCAUGCAUCCCUUGUGUCUUCUCGGAUUCGUCAACUUCAGGCCAGAGCCCGCCUUCGCGCCCAGUGAGGAUAGGUAGGUAUAUCAGUACGCCGCGCCGUUACGUCUUCCUAAGACUGAACAGUAUAUCCUGGACGGAACGGGAACAUGCAACAUCCCGGAUCCCGGCGGUCCACGAAGCUGCCGCAACCCUUGCUAACUGA